UUUGUGUUUGCUAUUUUCGACGGUUCCAGGAAGGCAGCCUUUCACCCGUUAAGUCCGUCCAUGGGUAUUCCCACAUACGUGAACGCAGCACAGAACGACAGCAGGCAGAGGUGAAAAGUCUGGAUCAUGUUGUCAUUCCAGCGGAGGCAUACAUGAACGACAAAGGGCCCUGUAAAUAAAGAGCAGCGAGGCGGUCAGCAGAGCACGACGAGGUUCAGUCCACGAAGAGAAGAUAUUGAUGUCGUUUUUAGCCAGCCAGCUAGUACAAGCAGAAAUUUGUUAGCUAGCUAACGGAGGACCCUGUUAGCUAACGGCCACCAUCAUCGCCCCUAGCCAGCUGUGGAUCGCCCUGUCUUCCUACGAUGGGAAACGCAGCAACUGCCAAGAAAGGCAAUGAACAAGAAAGCGUUGCCUUCGACAUGGCCCAGGGAAAGGAUCAAUCAUUUGCCAGCCGAUUAAUCCACAAAUAUCUUAAGAGUGGACAAGAGCACAAGGGACAAGAGAGCGAGGGGCCUCACCUCUCUGAGUUCACCAUCAUGUGGGAUAAGUUGAUGAAAGAGUUCUUAGCUAAAGCCAAAGAAGAUUUUUUAAGAAAAUGGGAGUGUCCUCCACAGUGCACAACGGGCCUGGACGACUUUGACAGGUUCAAGACCCUGGGAACUGGCUCGUUUGGGCGAGUAAUGCUGGUGAAACACAAAGCGACCAACCAGUUUUAUGCCAUGAAGAUCUUGGACAAACAAAAAGUGGUGAAAUUGAAGCAAAUAGAACACACACUAAAUGAAAAGCGAAUACUACAGGCCGUCUCCUUCCCCUUCCUCGUCAGACUGGUGUACGCUUUCAAGGACAACUCGAACCUCUACAUGGUGAUGGAAUAUGUGCCAGGUGGAGAAAUGUUCUCACACCUCCGACGCACUGGAAGGUUCAGUGAACAACAUGCAAGAUUUUAUGCAGCUCAGAUAGUGCUCACCUUUGAGUACCUUCACUCCCUAGACCUCAUCUACAGAGACCUGAAGCCUGAAAACCUGCUCAUAGACCAACAUGGAUACAUCCAGGUCACAGACUUUGGCUUUGCCAAACGAGUAAAAGGCAGGACCUGGACAUUGUGUGGAACUCCUGAGUACCUGGCUCCAGAGAUCAUCCUCAGCAAGGGCUACAACAAAGCUGUGGACUGGUGGGCACUUGGAGUUCUAAUCUAUGAAAUGGCUGCUGGUUACCCCCCCUUUUUUGCUGAUCAACCAAUCCAGAUUUACGAAAAGAUAGUAUCUGGCAAGGUACGAUUCCCCUCUCACUUUAGCUCCGACCUGAAGGACCUUCUGAGGAACCUACUCCAGGUUGACCUUACAAAGAGGUUUGGAAACCUGAAAAAUGGCGUGAAUGACAUUAAGAAUCACAAGUGGUUCUCCUCAACAGACUGGAUCGCUAUCUAUGAGCGAAAGGUUGAAGCCCCCUUCUUGCCUAAGUGCAGAGGACCAGGAGACACAAGCAACUUUGACGACUAUGAGGAGGAGGACAUUCGCGUGUCGCAAACAGAAAAGUGUGCAAAAGAGUUUGCUGACUUCUAGUGAAAAGGAAAGAGUCCCAUCGGGGCUCCGGUGUUUCGGGAUAUUUGCACUCCGAUGAGGGUUAAGGUGGAACUGAGGCUAUCACGUGCUCAAAACAAAAGCCCAGUUCCAUCAUUCCACACAGCUGAAUGAGGUCCCUUUGCCAUGAUCCUGCGUGCAGUUAGCACUGAUCUACACACAGGCACAUUAUGCAGACACCCCUCGUGCUGCAACACAAAGUAGUACACAUCCUCAUUCUUUGUCUCCCUCUUGUUUUCUGCGUUUGCCACCUCCCUUUCCCUUAGUUACGUUCUUAUUUGAGUAUGAAGAACCCGUUUUAUUCCCAUUGUCAAGCGGCACAAAGAGUGAUUGUAUUAGCUGGCAUUGCACACGUUGGGAUUUAAGCUUAGGUGAAAUUAAGGGACUUCUUUUUUCUUUUUAUACAUACUUUUUGUUUUUAUCUGUUGUCUGUUACAUGCUUGAGUGUCUUCUAGGGUUCAGUUCAGUAUUCAUUAACCAAGACGUCAACCAAUUAGGGUCCUUCUGGGCCCCUUAAGACCCAGAAUCAUGUAUAUGUUCAUACAAACAUAUAGAUUGGAUUUUUCAUUGAAUUCAAGGAAUUUUUGAAAGACUUUGUUUUGUUUAUUUUCUCUUUUUUUUUUUAAAGCAUGACCAAAAUUGAAAGCUACCGUCCAGCGAGGGAACAAAACAAUUGCUGACUUUUCCAAGUUUUGUCAGUUUUAGCACUCCACCUUUUGAUUCUCGAACAGAUGGAUUUACAGUGACAAGUGAUGAGGGGAAGCAAAAGAGCAUCAGCACUGUGUAAACAAACCCGCUGUAGCAUCGCUUAUCCAUAUCUGGUCACAGGACAUUUGCUUUUUACCUCAGACUUGCGGUGUGGUAUUUAACCGGUGGUAUGAAAUGGUAUAUUUUUCAGGUAUAACUCUAUUUCACAAUCAAGGAAUCAGAAGACAUUUCUGUAUGUCUGCACUCAACAGAUCAACUGUUUCUAGUACAUUUCGAGGAAUAAACGCAAGUGCGUUGACAUGGCGUUUUCCAAUAGCUGAAAGGUCAGCUUGUUUGAUUAUCUGGAGGGUGUAAUAUGGAUGCAAAGCAGUGCUGCUCACACGGACAAACUUUGUCCUCUUUGGUUGCGUUUUGAUUUUAAACUGCUGCGUUUGUGCGAAGCACUGGGUGUGCGCUACGUAUCUGCUGAAAUAUGUUUUGUUUUUCAUUUUUAACUUUGCAUGUCAGUGUUUGUACAGCAGUGUCAUUACAAGCUAAUGGUGUUCCCACCUUUUUUUUUUCUUUUUUUAAUUUUCUCUUUUUUUUUAGGGCGGGGUUUGGUUAGCUUUUAAAUAGUUUCUGAGCUUCAAUCAUGACACAAUUCUAUAAAAAGCAAGGUCAAACCAUGUCUUUGGAAUAAUCAUAAAAAAAAUGCAAAUAUCUUAACCUUGAAGUGUUUGUUCAUCUGGGCAACUAAAUGGUCGACCCUCCUGCUUACUGCAGCUGCAUCUUCCCGUCUCCGCUUGGUUUUCUAAACAAACUGGCACACUGUGAUGGAACAAUAUUUUCUGGUUCAGCUUUGCAAAGCUAAGUAAGGUCAGAUUGUGCUAAUGAACAGAAAUGAAGAUUUUUCCAAGACAAUAUGGUCAAUUUUUUUUUAAUAAAUGUAAGCCACUCCUCUUAAAGUGUUGCACUUUCAGUCCAUGUUUUCCUCCUCAUAGAAAAACCCAGGUUUUACAAGGGAUUCUUCCACGCUUGGCAUCAGUCAAAACCCAUUAGUUCUCACACAUUGCCUGUCCUUGCUGCUAAAAUGUUGUUCCGGCCUCAAAACUCCGCUCCAGCUCGUCAGUUCAACACGUUGUAUCUAAAGAAUCAAAUGUUUAGCACCCACAUUCAAGGCCACUGUGUCUUUCUCUUGGCUUUUCUCUAUUCCAGAUGGUGUAAAUCAUCUGUUUUUGCUCUUUACUUCUCUAGAGGGAAGCUCGUUUCUGCUUGCCGUCCACAGAGAAUUCAUAGUUUAAGGUCAUUUCUGCAGGAUGGUCUCUCAGGGCUGUGAAGAAAUUACAGAUUUACAUUUCACACGUAGUCUGAUUUUAAAAAAAGGAAAAAUGCACUGUUGGCAGUCUUUCUGUUUUACGCCUCAUAACUUGACAAAAGGUCUCAUUAAUAAUUGACAUGACGCUCAAGUCUUUGCAUACAAGGAGGGAAGCAAUUUAUUCUAGCUCAACAAUCUUUGACAACCAAAUGUGAAAAAUGUUUGGAGAAUCAAUGUUUUACCUGAAUUGGAACAUUUUGUCAGUCUGAGGAAAUGAUGUGACAUUUUAUUUUGCCCUAAUUUAAUUUGAAUGGCACAAAUGUUUCUUAUGCUGUCUUUAUUUAUAUUUAGAGGUAUCUAAUGAAAUAACAUUCAUGUGUUUUAACUUGUGUAACUCUCAGUAUAUACAAUGAGAUUCGAAAUAUUUUCAAAGGUGUUACAAACAGUGAAUAUAUUAGAUUAUUUAUUUGUACAAUGUUGUUUCAUUUACCCUUAUAGGAUUAAAAAGAUUUCUAGAUUAUGCACAUUCACACCUCUAAUGCCUGUUUCAAAUUGUUUUGAUUUUUUUUUUAAACUUUUUUUAAGAUUUUGUUUUUGUAUGAGGUCGAAUUUUUCCAAAGCAAUCCAGAAUUCAUAAUUGUUUUCUGAGUUUGAUGGAUGAACAGAUAGUAUGGCUUGAAUAAUCAAAAUAUAUGGGAUUUGGACAUAAUUUGAAUCACACCUGGGAAUUUUACAUGUCUUCGUCCAGACCACCUGUAUGUAAAUCCUCUGAGAAAAUUUGUUGGAGAUCCACAGCUCCUUUUUAGCAUCAUCCAUUCUCCCUCUUCCAUGUGUGUAACGUUUGUUGAAGUUGAUGUAAAUGAUGGCACCUUUCCCAAGCCACCUCACACUCCUGACUGAAGGAAAUCAGUUUGAGUUCUUGUAGCUAGUCACACGUGCCAGUAUGGGAUCAAUAAUCUGAAAUGUGUCUGUAUUUAGUUUGUGGAAUUAUUGCACAUCAUUUAGAAGGCUGACACGUUUUUUUCCCCAUCCAUCUUUACUUGUGUUUGCAAGGGAACAUACUUUGCUGUAGCAAAUUUUAUGUAAUGAAGGAUAUGUCACUAUAAUAAAUUCUUUUUAUUAAAAUAAA